AUGGACGAUAUUUUGACUGCACGAGAGAAACAACCAUUAAAACGUAAGGAAAUAUCUAUCUCAAAGAAAAUUAGCGCAAUGUAUGCGCUUCAAGAGGAAAUCGAGGAACUUAAAUUUAUACAAAAGGACAGCGAAGAAAAUGUACAUGCGUGGGCUAAUGACUGUGAGACUAAAUUAAAUGAAGCCAAAUCGAAUGUUGAAAAUAUUAAACGUGUGUUAGUAGAAAUCGAAGAAGAGGAAAUACUUGCUGAACGUGAAAACGACGAAACGAAUUUACGUAUGGCUAUUGACGCUGAAACCGAGAAACAAUUAGCGAUCGAAAAGGCAAGACUAGAACUGGAACGAGUUCACAAGGAGGCGGAACAUCAGCGCGAGUUGGAGCACCAAGAUCAGAUUCUACAGCAGAAUAUGAAAUUCCAGAAAUCCAUGGAAACAUCGGUGGAAAAAUCCAAAGAGGUAAAAAAUAUUAAAUUACCUAAAUUAGCAAUAACGAAAUUUAGCAGUAAAUUUUCUGAUUGGCUUCCAUUUUGGAACACUUUUGAAGCUGAGAUAGACUCAGUCAACCUACUACCCUCAGUUUCAAAGUUUGGUUAUCUAAAAGAAUUAUUAGAACCAAAAGUACGAGUAGAUAUUGAUGGGUUACCCUUUACGACUGAAGGAUAUGAGAGAGCCAAGAAUGUAUUAAAGAGUGAGUACAGAAAAUCCAGCGAGAUUAUCAAUGCUCACAUUUAA